UGUCAAAGUCAACUGCCGUGUCCUAUUCGGUGUGAUACCUAACCUAGGUUUUUUUCAAUUAUUGUAAAAUAAAAUUAAACUAAAAGUUUGAUCAUAUCAAUAAAUUACUUUAUAAAGUGAAAUUUUGUCGACCCCGGUUUCUACAUGAGAAGAAUGUCAGCUCUUAGGAAAUAUAUAGAUAUUGGAGCCAAUCUCACAGAUGACAUGUACCAAGGGGUCUACCACGGGUCUAAGAAGCAUGAGCCAGACUUGGACAAGGUUCUGGCUCGCGCCUGGAGUGCUGGCAUGGACAAGAUGAUUAUCACUGGAGGCAGCGUUACAGAUAGCAAGAAAGCUCUUGAAUUGUCUCGAACAGAUUCCCGAUUAUUCUCUACUGUAGGAUGCCAUCCGACUCGGUGCACAGAGUUUAUCCAGGACCCCCAAGCGUACCUUGAUGACCUUAGGGCUCUUAUUACUACCAAUAAAGACAAAGUUGUCGCCAUUGGAGAAUGUGGACUGGACUAUGAGAGACUGCAUUACUGCGAGAAAGAUGUUCAACUCAAAUAUUUCGAAUACCAGCUCCAACUAAGCAAAGAGUUCCACCUACCGCUCUUUUUACACUGCCGGGCUGCAGCCGAUGACCUAGUGGAUAUACUUCACCGUAACAAAGACUCCAUUGUUGGUGGAGUGGUGCACUCCUUCGAUGGAACGGAGCAGGCUUUGGAGAAGAUGUUAGCACUUGGGAUGUAUAUAGGCAUUAAUGGAUGUUCACUAAGAACCGAAGAGAACCUGGCAGUAGCUGUGAAGAUACCCAGAGACCGGCUGAUGAUAGAGACCGACUGUCCCUGGUGCGAAGUGAAGCCCACCCACCCCGGCUACAAGCAUGUGACAACCAAGGUCACAGCCGUCAAGAAGGAGAAGCAAUCUGCAGAGUGCCAGGUUAAGGGGAGGAAUGAACCCGUUAAUAUUGUACAUGUUUUGGAAAUCUUGGCAGCCAUUCGGAACGAAGAUGCAGACGAGCUAGCAGAUGCGAUACACAAUAAUACUAUGAAGUUGUUCUUUCCAGAUAAAUAAAUGGAUUUUCUAACAA